AUGAUUAUCGGUCUGUUUUUUUUUUCUUUUUUUUUUUUUUUUUUUUUUUUUUUGCACUUCACAUUAGGGGGAGAAAUGAUAAUCCGGAUCAUAGGCGAUAGUUGGGUUCCAGAGGAUAAAGUGCUCAUCAGCGUUCGAGAAGAUAAUGAAAUUAAGUCCUCUCUUCCAAACAUUAUGAAGAAACUUUUGAUCAAAAGAAUAGGCGAUUACAAAUUUUAUCAUACAAUAGGGGAAAGGAAAUGUGACUAUGGACGGCCUAUCGAUACCCAUUCCACGUGGAAACAAAUAGGUGUUUCUAGUGGGAGUUGUAUUUAUUUGACCAAAAAAGAGCCUUCCUUGAAGGAAGAACCAACAAGCACAAUUGAUUUGGCUGAAAACAAAGAGAAAGAUCAAGAGGUGACCAUGAAUAUCCCAACGUCAGACGAGGUGAUUAAUAUUCCACCAUCAGCUGCUUCCGUCGUCAUUACGGAAGAAAGUACGCAUAAAGAUUUGAUGAAUUACCCACAAGAAGUUACUAGACCCAUUUAUACAACCACAUUUAAUUCUUCCAUUCAGGUUGGAUUGACCUCUCAAGAAGAAAUUGUUGCCUUGCCAGUUCAGCCAUGCAGCGGCAAAGACGAAGGGCAACUCCCUGUUUCAACAGGAUAUCAGCAAAACACUGAUAUGACAAAUCAGAACCAUACAUCUCAAUCAAACAAAACUCUUCUUUUACAAGAGAGCCAGCAUUACUUAAAAAAAAGUGGGGCUCCCGGGCCUUCUUACUUGCCAGAAGUUAAUUAUCGUUGCUCCUAUGAUUCUCGGGCGACUGCACCGCCUAUUCUUGAAAAACCUUCAACGGGUCGAGAGAAACGCGAUUUGUUACUCCGUCGUUAUGAGCGUACAGCCUACAUGGUUUCCUUAUAUGAGUUUGCACAUCUGGAACUAGAACGGCAGCGCCGACGAGCUGAGGAAUUGCUUCGUGGGGUUCAAAGAGGCUCAUUUUGUUCUCGAACACCCCAACCCAAACUGCUGUACAAAAUCUAA